AGAUAUUUAACCCUCUAGUAGAUACCGGCACACUGAGGAUAAAACACUUGAUAAACGUCGUCGGAAAGCUUUUUAGGAGAAGAAUCACGCGGUGAGAGGCCUGAGAUACGCACAGACAGACAGGCAGCUGUUGCAGUGAUUCAGUAUCAUGGAGGCAGGCAGUGGGGCUGCUGCGACGACACUGAGCUCAGCUCCAGCACCUCAGGGAGACGCGCACAGACAUGAUACCUUGGGAGGAGCAGCAUCAUCCCCCUACCCCCACCCGGAGGACGAGGAUCAGAGCAUUGCUCCAGCAGAUAGAGCUGGAUGGGAGGACGCCAUCGCUCUUAUGGCGAGGAGUGCGGACACCCCCGAGCAGCCCGCCCCCGAGUCUUCCCUUCGCUCGUGUGUCAGCACGGCUAGCAUGAAGGUCAAGAAUGUCAAAAAACUGUCUUUCAGCAAAGGCCAUUUUCCCAGGCUGGCAGAGUGUGCACAUUUCCACUAUGAGAAUGUUGACUUUGGCUCUGUGCAGCUGUCUCUGGCUGAGGACCAGGGUGACGUGACACGGAAUGGCCUGGAGUCAAAGGAGCUUGUGUAUCUGGUCCAGAUUAGCUGCCAGGGCCGGAAAUGGAUUGUCAGGCGUUCAUAUGAAGAUUUCCGCGUCCUUGACAAACACCUUCAUCUUUGUAUAUACGAUAGAAGAUUUUCCAAUCUCACAGAACUCCCCCGAUUUGACAGCGUGAGAGACAAAACAGAGACACUUUUCCAGAUGCUUACUGCUUACCUUUCCCGCCUCUCAGCCAUUGCUGACAACAAGAUAAACUGUGGGCCCGCACUGACAUGGAUGGAGAUUGAUAACAAAGGGAACCAUCUCCUGGUCCACGAUGAGUCGUCCAUUAAUGUUCCUGCUAUUGCUGCAGCUCAUGUUAUAAAGCGUUAUAUUGCUCAGGCUGCAGAUGAGCUGUCCUUUGAGGUUGGAGACAUAGUGUCAGUGAUUGACAUGCCUCCUAAAGAAGACACUGGCUGGUGGAGAGGAAAACAUGGCUUUCAGGUGGGCUUUUUCCCCUGUGAAUGUGUUGAGUUAAUCAGUGAGAAAAUAUCACCAUGUGUGACCAGCUCUCUGCCAAAGCCAGUGUCUAAAAAGCACGGGAAGUUGAUCACUUUUCUGCGUAGUUUCAUGAAAUCUCGGCCCAGCAAGCAGAAGCUGAAGCAGAGAGGAAUUCUCAGGGAAAGGGUGUUUGGCUGCGACCUGGGAGAGCACCUCCUUAAUUCGGGUCGUGACGUCCCCCAGGUCAUAAAGAGUUGCACUGAGUUCAUUGAAAAGCAUGGGGUUGUCGAUGGAAUUUACCGCCUGUCUGGGAUUUCCUCCAACAUCCAGAAACUGCGCCAUGAGUUUGACUCCGAGCAGAUCCCAGACCUCACUAAAGACACAUACUUACAGGACAUCCACUCUGUUGGCUCCCUGUGCAAGCUCUACUUCCGUGAGCUUCCCAACCCCCUUCUCACCUACCAGCUGUAUGAAAAAUUCUCUGAAGCUGUAUCAGCAGCUACAGAUGAGGAGAGGCUGGUCAAAAUUCAUGAUGUUAUCCAGCAACUGCCUCCACCGCACUAUAGGACUCUGGAGUUCCUGAUGAGACAUUUGUCACGUUUGGCAGCUUUUAGCUAUGUAACCAACAUGCACUGCAAAAACUUGGCCAUCGUCUGGGCCCCUAACCUCCUCAGGUCGAAACAGAUUGAGUCGGCUUGUUUCAGUGGCACGUCUGCCUUCAUGGAGGUGCGUAUCCAGUCGGUGGUGGUGGAGUUUAUACUCAACCAUGUGGAUGUCCUCUUUAGUCCCAAGCUCAGCACUCUUAUCCGUGAGAGCACAGGGCAUAGCACUUUAUCCAGACCCAAAUCACUGCUGGUGUGCUCUCCAUCCACCAAGCUGUUAACGCUGGAGGAAGCCCAGGCUCGCACGCAAGCCCAGCUCAUCUCGCCCGUGUCUCCCUCUGAUAACAAGUACAUUGAGGUGGGCGAGGGGUCUGCUGCCCUCCAGGGCAAGUUCCACACUGUCAUAGAGUUCCCCAUAGAGAGGAGGAAGGCUCCAGUCAAAGCAAAAAAGUCUCCUGUGGGAAGCUGGCGUUCGUUCUUCAACAUGGGCAAGUCUUCCUCCAUGGCCAAACGUAAACUACACCGGCAUCCCAGUGAACCAAAUGGGAUGAAGACUAAACCCAUCCCAGGCGGGCGAGGAGAUACUGGCACUUUACGCUCUGCUAAAAGUGAAGAAUCUCUUUCUUCCUCUCACCUCUUCGAGGGUGAACCAAAGAUUCACCGGCCUUGUAGACCUCGAUCCACAAGUGAUGCUCUCUCCUCCUCCUUCAAUGAUGAGCUGCUGGACAGUAGAGUCAAGAGGGACCCACGUACCUGCCCUUCAAAAGAAAAUAGUAAAGAUACUGUCGUCAGCUCUUCCUGUGUGCCUGCCCUAAAAUCACCACAAAACCUUGCUGGGGACAUGCAUCUUAGCCCCCCAGCACCUGGGAUGGCCUCUUUAGACUUUGACCCAUUGUCCUUCAGGUGCACCAUCCAGUCAAAUGACUUCUGUGCAUCUGACUGCAAGAAGACAGGUAAUGGUAGGAAGAGUGCGGGCAGUUCCCGUGAAUCAGAGUCAUUCAUCAAAGAGACCAGUCCCGCUCAGCCACCUGACGUUGUCCCAGUGCACCCAGAGACAGGGGAUGCCAAGCAAAAACACUCAACUGCUACACUUUCAGGGAAAGUAGUGUCUGCCAUUUUAGCUGAAACAGAGAAAACGUCCUCCAAAACUGCCCCAGCAGUCAUUACACAUGACUCAGUGCCUGUGUUAGAGCCAAUGCCCGCAUCCUCUACAUCAGAAAUGACCUCUCCUCUGGAUAACACGAGUACCUCAGGCAUUGGAGAAGAACAUCAUGUACCUAGUCACAAACGUUCUAUCUCAUGUGGUGCAGAGAUAAGAGCUCUUAAUGUAAAAGACCAGACUGAGCCAACGGAGUCUGUGCAACGUGAAACCCAUCGAGAACCAGGAGCUGUCACCUUUGACUGCACCCCAGGUCUCAUGAGGUCUGUGUCUCUCAUAACUGCCAAGCCUCCAGUGAAGAGUGCUGCUCGAAUGCUAGCUCUAGCUCUGGCUGAAUCUGCCCACCAGGCUACGCUCCUCACCCACCGGGGAUCCUCUGAACCCCCCACUCCUUCCUCUCCUGUUCAGCAUCAGAAUCCUCUCUCCACCCUACAGUGGCAACCUCCUCCUGCAUUCCAGGCCAGGACGGUUCCCGUGGACCGAGAUGAACAUAAUUUGUCAAGCAGAACUUUCUCUUCUCCUUCCAACAUAAUUUCCACUGAGAGUCCCUCUGAGUCUGGCAGCCCACAGAGCACCUGCGCCUGCCAUGGCAGUGAGAGUGGACUCAGUUACACAGAUGCCUGUGAUACGUCUGCUGUGAGUCAAAGCACCAUCAUGCCCACAUUCGAUUUGUCCACUUCUAGAGGUGUAGAGAUGGUGCAGGUUCCUGAGGAUCACUUGGCCAUGAAAAACCGUGUUUACUCUACUGGCUCCAGACCACAGGGUCAGGUUGAUUUAUGUGAUCAGAGUGAAACAGACAAAAUGAAUCCUAGUGAAAGUCCAGUGUCUGCACUCUGCCACGACAAACGCAUCCCUGGCCAUCACACUACUGAAAAUCAAUCAGCAAUCGCUGCCCCACUUUAUAAAGAAGCUGCAAAUGCAUCUAACUUUCGGACUAUAUUAGCUGAGGCCUCGAUGCCUGCUUCCGUGCAAGAGGCACUUCCUCAUGUUCCUAUCACACCACCUAGUUCUUACCAGUAUAGUUGCAAGGAGGAGGGUGCCCUGAAGUCUUCAGGGCAUGCAUUCCCCAAUCAGUGGAGUGGUCCAAUUAGCCAGAGUACACCUUAUCAUAUUCAGCCUGACUUUGUGCAACACCAGCCCAAAGUCCUCUCCAAGAACCUCUACAACACAAUGAUGCCUAGGUCACUUCAUGAAUCCAUCAAGUAUAAAAAUCAGUACAAAGAGGAGGUGCCUUUACCUGGGCUCCACAGAUCUCGAGGACAGAGAUAUCCACCACUGGAUGGGUCACUGGUAUAUCCCACCAUACGCAGAGUGCGCUCUGUGCACGCUCCACCAGAGGACAAACUUUUCUUCUUCGAACGUCAGCCCUGCCACAGCAAUCCAUAUAAAAAACAGAUCCCUACAGACAUCCAUCAGGUACGCCCUUACUUUGAGAAUGGGAAGGUCAAAUAUCGUUAUAGCCCAUAUUCUGAAGCCCCAUACAAAGAUGUGGAUCCUCACAGAGGAUACAGCCAUGGAUACAGUCACUGCUACACUCUCCGCAGAUCCACAACACAACCAAUCAAGAUGGAAGGCAGUGUUGGGGGCUAUUACAAUAACCCCUCCAUGAAUAAGGAAUCUGCCUUCAUAAGUAGAGACACUGGUCCAUUGCCAAGAAUGAAGGGCACUGCUCAGUAUGAGGCAUGGGAUUCCAGAUUGUCUGACAGACAUUUUAGCCAGUCCAUUAGAAGGGAAAAUGUUGCCAAUAAAAGACCACAAGUCCCUAUUGUGUCCCAGCCUCAUCUUAUGAAAGGCCGUCAUAAAUGCCAAGAGAUAAUGCACAGCAGAAGCAAAUCAGACUCAGGAAAAGAUCUGCUUAUUUCAACUGAGGACUCUGAUGGAAAGUUUCGUGUCACAAUGGUAUCCCAUCAUUCCCCGGAGCACCCGCUCUCCGAGCCUGAUGUAUCUGUUCGUGCUCAGUCAGAGAGGCAGGUUGCCAAAUCGGCCAUGCUGAUGAAGCAGAGUCACUCCAUGCAGAACUAUUCCCAGCACCCUCAGGAAUCCCACAAUACACUGCGGAACCUGACCCUACAUAAAGAGUACAGUUGCCCUGACUUUAAACACCCUGACCCCACAGAGGACAACAGACUCUACACCCACGACAGGUCUUCUUACAGAACACUCAGCAGCUAUCGGAAAGAUGACUAUGAGGCUGCUCGUGUUAAGGCCAGGAGCCAUGGGCGAUCACAGAGCGUAAAAGUACGCCAGCACUCCAGUCAAGCCAAAAUGUCUCUUGAACCAGACCACAGAGGAAGCUUUUCUAUUCAGACCAGAAGAAGAAUUCAUAAUACUAUGGCUAAACCAUCUCACUUUGAUCACUUGGAUGCGUUCUUACCUGUUUUACAGUCAAAAAUACCCAAGUCCAGUCAUGAAGGGGCCGGCAUUUUUCCCAACCAUGGAUGCAUGCCCCUCCCUAGUCAUAGAAUAUACACCACAGGUAUAGGUCAAAGAGACUUUCUCCAUGCAGUGCUGUGGCCUGAGACAGAGGUCUAUGCCGAAUGACACUUUGUUGAACUUGUGAACUUUGUCAUAAAAGCCUCUGCAGGACAGUGGGUUUUAAUGUCUGUAAAAUAACCAGGAGGAAAUGACUGUAAAGAAAGCAAACUUUAAGGAAAUGGGAGUAUAUGUAAACAUCACGUUUGGUGACUGCACUGUAUGGAGUUUAUAUGUUCACUAUACCUUUACUG